AGUCUGCUCUGUAUAUCGCUCCGCGGCCCCUUACCUCUUCUCUUCAGUCUGUUAAAAUAGUUCGACUGGCGGAAGAGCACGGGCAGAGAGUCCGCCGCUGCCGCCCGAGAUGGCAGGGGAGCAGCGGGCAGGAGGGAGAGGAGAGGCCGGGGAUGCGCCCGCGGCCCCCAUGCGUGUUCUACAGAGCCUGAGAGUGAAGAUAUGUGAGGCAAAAAAUCUUCUACCUUAUCCAGGACCAAACAAGAUGAGGGACUGCUUCUGCACUGUGAAUCUGGACCAGGAGGAAAUUUUUAGGACCAAUGUUGUUGAAAAGUCACUUAAUCCGUUUUAUGGUGAAGAUUUUUACUUUGAAAUCCCAAGAUCAUUCCACAACUUAUCCUUUUAUAUCUAUGAUAAGAGCCUUUUGCAGCGAGAUCUACGGAUAGGAAAGGUUGCCAUUAAAAAAGAGGAUUUGUGUAGAUAUAACUGUAAAGAACCGUGGUUUCCUCUUCAGCCCAUUGAUUCCAAUUCUGAAGUUCAGGGAAAAGUCCACCUUGAGCUGAAGCUAAAUGAGCUGAUUACAGAAAAUGGAUCUGUGCAGCAGCUUAUGGUACACAUUCUGGAAUGCGAAGGGUUACCUCUGGUCAACGGACAGAGUUGUGAUCCAUAUGCUUCAGUGUCUCUCGUUGGCCCUUCUAGAAUUGACCAAAAGAAAACCAAAGUGAAGAAGAAAACUAGUAAUCCUCAGUUCAAUGAGAAGUUCUACUUUGAGGUGACACGGUCGAGCAGUUACACUAAGAAGUCCCAGUUCCAAGUAGAGGAAGAAGAUAUUGAGAAACUUGAAGUAAGGGUUGAUCUGUGGAACAAUGGAAAUCUUGCCCAGGAUGUGUUCCUUGGAGAGAUAAGAAUUUCUGUGCGGGUUCUGCGGAGCGACUCAUCCCACAGAGCUUGGUAUCUUCUCCAGCCUAAAGACAACGGGAGCAAAUCCUCCAAGUAUGACGACCCAGGGUCCCUGAGACUGAGCAUCUGUUAUACAGAGGACUAUGUGCUGACGUCCGAGCAUUAUACCACUCUCAGAAAGCUGAUGGUGAAUUCCCCAGACAUACAGCCCAUCACUGCAUCCGCUGCCUUUAUCCUGGGAGAGGUUUGCAGGGAUAAGAAUGAUGCUGUUCUCCCUCUGGUCCGACUCCUUCUCCACCACCAGAAGCUAGUGCCAUUUGUGGCGACCAUCGCACAACUUGACCUGAAUGACACACAAGAAGUCAAUACCAUCUUCCGGGGAAAUUCUCUAGCGACUCGUUGUAUGGAUGAGACAAUGAAGAUUGUUGGCAACCAUUAUCUGAAAGUCACACUGAAGAAUGUUAUAGAUGAGAUAUGUGAUUCCCCCAAGCCGUGUGAGAUAGAUCCCAACCGUCUGAGAGAAGGGGACAAUGUGGAUAAUCACAAGGACAAUCUAAAAUACUAUGUGGACAAGGUGUUCUCAUGUAUAGUGAAAUCCAGCAUGAGCUGCCCAACCGUGAUGUGUGACCUGUUCUCCUCACUGCGACACAUGGCUGUUAGACAUUUUCCGAAUGACCCCCGUGUACAGUAUUCUGCUGUCAGCAGUUUUGUCUUCCUGCGAUUCUUUGCUGUGGCUGUCGUAUCCCCUCACAUCUUCCACUUAAGAUUCCACCACCCAGAUGCACAAACAUCUCGUAUAUUGACGCUCAUAUCGAAAACCAUUCAGACUCUUGGAAGUGUUGGCUCUUUGUCAAAAAGCAAAACUUCCAGCUUCAAGGAGCCGUUCAUGUGUGAGUUCUACAAGAUGUUUGAAGAGGAAACCUACACAGCAGAUGUUAAAAAGUUCUUAAAGGAAAUCUCAUCUACUGAAAGUAAGGAGCCAAGUGGAAUGAGUGAAUCUGUCAUUCUGAAAGAAGGAGAGAUGUAUAAACGUGCACAGGGCCGAAACCGAAUUGGGAAGAAGAAUUUUAAGAAACGCUGGUUUUCACUAACGAGUCGAGAAUUUACAUACCAUAAACAAAAAGAUAAAGAUCCAAUGUUCCGCAUUGCCAUUAAAAGUAUCCUGGCUGUUGAGAAACUGGAUGAAAGUGCCUUUAACAAGAAUAAUAUGUUCCAGGUGAUUUAUGGUGAGAAGCCUCUGUACAUCCAGGCCAGUAACUGUGUGGAAGCCAGUGAAUGGAUAGAGGUGCUGAGUAGAGUAAGCCGGCGCAAUCAUAGAAGACUCAGCAAAUAUCAUCCCUCUGCUUUCUUAAAUGGGGCCUGGUUCUGCUGCAAGGCGUCCCCUGAAAGCUCUGAAGGCUGCAGCCCUUGCACCGUAGAUGUUCCAGCUGACGUGGCUUUAGAUAUUGACGGAGACCGCGAGUGUGAGAAGAUCUAUUCCCUUUUCAGCAUGAGCAUGCCAAAACUGCAGAAGAUGGAAGAGGCCUGUGGCAGUAUCGCAGUGUACCAGGGCCCACAGGAGCACAGUGAAUACCACUUCACUAUAGAAGAUUCUGUGGAAACGUUCAAGACCCUCCAGCAUAUCAAAGCCAUUAUUGAGAAACUGAACGAACCUCACGAGAAAUACAAAAAAGGCUCUACCAGUGCCAAAUAUGGCAGCCAAGAGAAUCCAAUUGUGGGAAAAGGGUCUUAGCAGCACAAGAAUAUGGGACACUGGAAACAAAGCAAUGCCAACAGACCAUUCUCCGUCACAGCCAGGAUCUGGAGUUUUUGCAACCACUUGGCAGGAACUACUCCUGCAAUACAAGUUAAACGACGACAAUAUCCUGGUUAAAAGUAGCUAAGAACCAUGAGAAAAUGGCAUCUGCAUCUUUUAGCAGCCAGAGAAAAAGAUUUAUUCUGGGCUGUGUCAUUGACACUGCAGGCAGUGCUAUGCAUAGUACAGAUGCUACCUUUUUGUUUCUCAGUCACAUUUCCUGGAGUGAGUUCUGUAUUCUCAGCUAGGCUGCAGAGACCAAUUGGAACAUACCACUCAAAAGACUAUGGGUUGUCGAAGUGUGUUCAGCACUGUACUGUAUGCGAGAUCCCAGCUAAACCACACGUGGUGAUCUUGUAACCCAGCCAUCCAGCUGAGAUGCACGUUUCCCAGUGUUAGAAGAAUUGGUACAGUGAUUGUUGAGAAACUCUGCCACAAUCCGCAUGAGUAUCACCUCUCCCAGAACUAGACGGAUCAGGGAAUUCAGGCCUCUUUUUUUUCUUUAAACGGUACAAAUGGUUUUUAAUGUUAUUUAUUUUUUUCUUCCUUUGCUAAUCUGCUUUUCAUUUUCUUCCAAAGUGGAUCUUUUCCAGUUAAAAUGUUUAUGGAUGUGCUAAAUAUAUUUGUACAAUCCUGGUG